AUGGGAGAAACCGCCGCUGUUAUUACGAAUGGUGCAACAAACGCCAACAACGCCGCCAACUCGGAGCCCCCUCCCAGCCAGGACGACCAGCCUCCUAUACCGAAGCCCCCGGACAUAGUAGUUAUAGAGAAACCAACGUGCCCGCACACCCUAUCAGCGCAGCAAGUUGCUGAUUAUCUCGACACCGACCUCUACGAUGGCUUGACUUCCGAAGAGGCAGCCGACCGCCUUGCGCGGGACGGCUCCAAUGCCAUUAAAGGUGCCAAGGGACUUUCCCUCUGGGAAAUCUUCCUGCAGCAGGUCGCCAAUGCCUUGACUGUAGUCUUAAUUGCCGUCGCCGUCUUGUCCUUUGUUAUCGAUGACUACAUCGAGGGCGGCGUCGUCGUCGCAGUCAUUGUGCUGAACAUUGUCGUCGGUCUUGUUCAGGAUUAUCGAGCUGAGCAGACUAUUCAGUCACUGUAUGCCCUGUCUACCCCAAAGUGCAAAGUCAUUCGUGACGGCCAUAGCGACACGGUCAAGGCAGAAACCCUAGUCAAAGGAGACUUGGUUUCGCUUGUCACUGGCGACGUCGUCCCUGCAGAUCUGCGUCUCGUCCAAGGCAUAAAUCUCUCCACGGAUGAAGCCCAUCUGACCGGCGAAUCCGUCGCCAUCAGCAAAAGGCCAGACGCCAUCUUAGAAGAUUCUGACAUGCCCGUCGGUGACCGAAUCAACCUCGUCUUCUCUGGUAGUUCUGUCACUCGCGGACGGGCCACUGGUAUUGUCGUUUCUACCGGCAUGGAGACCGAAGUCGGACAAAUUGCGGAACUCUUGCGCCAAAAGAAAAAGAGCACUGCAGGCAUGUCCCCCGCGAAGAAGGUACUUUACAAUGUCCGUCAAAGCAUUCGUAACAUUCUCGGCCUUGAGGGAACUCCAUUGCAAGUUACUCUUAGCAAGUUCGCCCUACUCCUCUUUGGCCUAGCCAUUCUCCUUGCCGUCAUCGUCUUUUCGGUCAGCUUGUGGCGCAUCAAUGAUGACGUUCUACUCUACGGCAUCUGUGUUGGUGUUGCUGUUAUCCCCGAAUCCCUUCUCGCAGUUCUUACUGUUACCAUGGCUGUUGCAACCAAGGCCAUGGUCAAGGGCCAUGUAAUUGUGCGGCAGAUGCCUUCGCUCGAAGCCGUGGGCGGGGUCACCAAUAUCUGCUCCGACAAGACUGGAACUCUCACCCAGGGUCGCAUGAUUACCCGUAAGGUCUGGCUACGCGAUGGGCUCACUGGAGUUACGCAAGCCACGUCAGACCCCUACGACCCUAGCAGCGGCAGCGUUUCUUGGUCGGGCUCCCUCGCCGGUAGCUGCUUCAGCGCUUUCCUCAACACGAUCAAUCUCUGCAACAACUCCACAGUCACGGAUGGCAAAAAGGAACCCGAGACGGACACUAGUAGUGUCACGACUGCUUUCGAACCGGCCGAAUGGCGCGCUGUAGGUGAGCCGACGGAGAUUGCUCUCAAAGUCUACGCUAUGCGGUACGGUCAGGUUCGAAACAGCGCUGAUCAGUUGAUUGCCGAACACCCUUUCGACUCCUCGGUCAAACUAAUGAGUGUUGUCUACGGUACGGGCCUUGACUCGGCUCAUCAUGUUCACACCAAAGGAGCCGUGGAGGUUAUGCUUCCCAUCCUCAAUGAAACCGAAGAGUUCAAAUCGAUUAUCCACGCCAAUGCUGAGUCACUCGCCAGUGAGGGUCUCAGAGUGCUCUGCAUCGCCGACAAAGUCGUCGAAAACUCUCGUGAUGAAGCACAUGAUCGAGCAAAGUGUGAGUCUGGCUUGCGUUUCCUCGGGUUGGCCGGUCUUUACGACCCUCCUCGGCAUGAGACGGCCGGGGCUGUUCUCCAAUGUCGUCAAGCUGGUAUCUCUGUGCACAUGGUCACGGGCGAUCAUAUCAAGACAGCCACAGCUAUCGCCUACGAAGUCGGUAUUUUGUCUAGCCAUGUCCCCUUGUCGCCGAAUACCGUCAUGGCAGCUUCUGAGUUUGCCAACCUAACGGACGACGAGGUCGAUGCACUAGAAGCCAUCCCCCUUGUCAUUGCUCGUUGCAGCCCCCUGACCAAGGUCAGAGUUAUCCAAGCCCUUCACCGACGAAAGGCUUUUUGCAUCAUGACCGGUGACGGUGUCAACGACUCCCCAGCUCUUAAGCAAGCUGAUGUUGGCAUCGCCAUGGGUGACCGAGGCAGUGAUGUUGCCAAGGAGGCAGCGGACAUGGUCUUGACUGAUGAUAACUUUGCCUCCAUUGUCACUGGUAUUCAAGAAGGCCGACGCCUGGCCGACAAUAUCCAAAAGUUCCUUCUGCACCUGCUCACCUCGAAUCUCGCCCAAGUUGUUCUUUUGUUGAUUGGUCUCGCCUUCAAGGAUAGCGAUGGUCAGGCAGUUUUCCCCUUGUCUCCGCUCGAAAUUCUUUGGGCCAAUCUGAUCACCUCGUCACCACUUGCGCUUGGUCUUGGCCUCGAAGAAGCACAGCGGGAUAUCCUGAACCGCCCCCCUCGCAGUCUUCGGACGGGUGUCUUCACACUGGAUCUUGUUCGCGACCAACUCAUGUAUGGCACUUUCAUGGGAAGCCUGUGUCUGACAGCAUUUAUGCUGGUGGCCUAUGGCUUCACUGGUCAUGGUUAUCAAGAGCUCCCGAUCGGUUGCAACAAAGAAGGCGCCAAUGGGUGCGAACUGGUGUUUCGCGCUCGCGCAUCGACCUUUGCAACUCUGAGCUUUCUGUUACUCGUUACCGCCUGGGAGGUGAAGCACUUUCGCCGCAGUCUCUUUGCCAUGGAUGACCGCUUCACGGGGCCCUUUGCGGUCUUCAAGACGGUGUACCAUAAUCGCUUCUUGUUCUGGUCGGUUGUUGCAGGGUUUCUCGUCACCUUCCCCGUCAUAUACAUCCCGUUUGUCAAUACGCACGUAUUCAAGCACCAAGGUCUUACUUGGGAAUGGGUUGUGGUUCUCGGGUGCGUGGCGGUCUAUAUAGCUCUUAUCGAGGGCUGGAAGGCGGUCAAGCGGCGGUUCGGUCUCGGCGUCGACGUGCGACCGGCCGCCCUGUCGCCCGCAGAGGUGUGA